AUGUCAAACACCGCUACUGAUUGGCUUGCUACUCAAUUCAAUACUGCUAGUUGGGCUGUUAAUCAAGUAUGUAUACCAAUACUUUUCUUUGUUGGUAUAAUUGGUUGGUUAUUAAAUACAAUAACAUUUUCACGGUCAUCGUUACGUUCAAAUUCUUGCGCUACUUAUUUUCAUGCUAGUUCUUGGGCAAAUUUAUGUGUGUUAUUUUGGUCUCCAUUUAUAUAUGCAGUUGGUAAUUGGUCAGGUUAUCGUUUACAAUCGAGAUCGAUUUUAUUUUGUAAAAUCCGUAUAUAUUUUAUUACAAUGUUUUGCCAUACUAGUGUUGCUUUUCUUCUUCUUGCUUGUUGCGAUCGACUUUUGCUUUGUUCACGAAACGCCAAUCGACGACGUUUAUGUCAUGUUCGAAUAGCUUAUAAAAUGAUUAUUAUAACUGUUAUUAUCUGCACACUUUUACCACUCUAUAUACCUUUGAAAUACAAUCGACUAUCGGCUCUUUCAAAUUUAUGUAUUAUCGAUAUUAAUUUCCUUACUUUUGAUGUUAUUUAUAAAUUAACAGUAUGGGCUAUCAUACCACCUUCAUUAAUGUUGACAUUUGGUAGUUUAACAAUUUACAGUUUAAGACAAAAUGCUUCUCGAGUUGCAAAUAUCCGUGUAAGGAACAGACAACUUACAGCAAUGUUAAUAGGUCAGAUUACUUUAUAUAUCACAACAACAUGGCCUUAUGUUACUGUGAUGAUUUACAAUGUAUUGACACAGAAUAUUCCACCAUCAAGUAAACCAGCCACACGUAUUGCAAUUGAAGCAUUUGCUCUUACAUUUAGCGCAAAUUUUUUUCUUUAUUUAUUUAACUCAAUUUCAUUUCUUGUUUAUACAUUGACAGCACCGAGUUUUCGACGUGAAUUAUUUCUUGCCUUAGUUCCGGCAUCUAUUCGUCAAAAAUUUCACAAUCAAAUAGGAACAACAACAUUACAACAAUCUGAAAAUCCUACUGGAAAAACCCUUUAUAUUCGAACACAUGAAGUGGCUAUUAUUGAAGAAUUGUAA